UAACCCUAACGCUGCCAUAUUAUUCACUUCUCCUCUUUCUCCUCACACCCUCUCGGUCGCCACUCUGCCGCCCUCUCCCGCGAGCGGCGUUGCUGGUCUUCUCCUCUUCAAUCUGCUCCAGUGAUCUCACUGGAACUCUUCCUCGAGCUUUGCCGUCUUCGGUCGUCGAUCUCUCCUCCUGAUCCAAACUCCGUUGACAAAGGUGAAUUAAUUUGUUCUUCGUUCUUUGCAGUUUCUCUUGCUAAUUGCCAACUAUGGUGAAGGCCGUGAAGCACUACAGACCUCCAGGGAAGAAAAAGGAGGGAAAUGCAGCCAAGUUUGUUACUAGGUCACAAGCACUCAAACAACUGCAGAUCAAUCUACCCCUUUUCAGGAAACUAUGCAUUUUGAAGGGUGUAACUCCUAGAGAGCCAAAGAAGAAGUUCAAAGGAACACAUCAGACUUAUUACCAUGUGAAGGAUGUUGCCUUUCUUCAUCACGAACCUUUGCUUGAAAUACAUAGAGAGAUAAGAGUACAUGAGAGGAAAAUAAAGAAAGCAGAGGCAAAAAAGAACCUUGAACGUGCAAAAAGGCUGCGGGAGAAGACACCUAAACCCAAGAUAGAUAGGAUUAUUCGUCAGAGGUACCCAAGAUUUGUGGAUGCACUUGGGGAACUAGAUGACUGUCUUUCAAUGGUGCAUCUUUUUGCAGCAUUACCUGCUGCUGAGAGCAAAAAAAUUGAUAUAGAAUGUGUCCAUAAAUGUAGAAGAUUGGCACACGAAUGGCAAGCAUUCAUAUCUCGCACUCACAAACUGAGAAAAGCAUUUGUAUCUGUCAAAGGCAUAUACUAUCAGGCAGAGGUUGAGGGUCAGAAGAUAACGUGGUUGACUCCUCAUUCACUACAACAGGUUGUGUCUGAUGAUGUUGACGUUAUCACCAUGCUAAAUUUUCUGCAAUUGUAUGAGCCUCUUCUUGGUUUUGUGAAUUUCCGGCUCUAUCAUUCCAUAAAUUUGAAGUAUCCCCCUAUACUAGAUCCUCGGUUGGAAGCUUUGGCAGCAGAUCUUUAUGCUUUGUCAAGAUAUGCCAAUGCCAAUGUCAAUGCUGUACCCUCUGUAGUCAAUUCUGAAGCAUCCCAGGUAGCUGAGUCUGAGCAAGGUGAUGCCAAGCCAAAAAGGGAUGAUAUUGAACAUGAAAAAUCUGAACUAAGACUUGCUCAACUUCAGCAUCAACUUCCUACAAAUGAACCUGGUGCACUAAUGCAACUUGUUGAAGAAGCUGCUUCUGAGGAAGAAGAGGAUCAAGAUACAAGAGAAUGUAAAAAUCUCUUUAAAGAUCUGAAAUUCUUCUUGAGCAGAGAAGUACCAAGGGAAUCAUUGCUUUUUGUCAUUCCUGCUUUUGGUGGUAUAGUUUCCUGGGAAGGAGAGGGAGCACCUUUUCAGGAAUCUGACCAGAGCAUCACACAUCAGAUUGUUGACAGGGAUUCACAAGGACAUAAGUUCCUCUCAAGAGAAUAUGUUCAACCACAGUGGGUAUUUGACUCUGUAAAUGCGCGGAUUAUUUUGCCAACAGUGGAUUAUAUGGUUGGAAGGAUACCUCCUCCACACUUGUCGCCUUUUAUUGAUUACGAGGAAGAAGGAGCAUAUAUUCCUGACUAUGCGAAGACCAUUAAACAAUUGCAAGCUGCCGCCAGAAAAGAAGUCCUUCCACUCCCAGGUGUUGGAAAAGAAGAUCUGGAAGACCCUCAAAAUAUUCUGGUUGAAGGUAUUAUGGAUCGGGCAGAGGCCAACCAAGCAGCUCAAAGAAAGCAAAAGAUGAUGAUGCUAGAGCAGCAAUACCAUAAUGAUUUGAAGAAAGAACUUCAAGGUGUUACGUAUGGUAAAAUGGAUUCCAAUGUUGAUAAACAAACGUCAACUGGAGAGAUACAAACUGGAGAAGAAUCCACUGACAAUGCUCAGCAGAAGGAUGAUGCUGAUGACAUGGGUACACUUAUGAUGUCUCGUAAAAAGCGGAAGCUAUUGGAAGCCAUGAAGAUAUCUAAUGAACGGAAGCAGGCUAAAAAUGAUCUCAUUAAGCAACGGAAAAAGAAAAUAGACGAAGCUCAUAAAAAGAGCUGAAGGGAUCUGCAUUCUGGUGCAGGAUACAAUUUUGACUUCAUUAUGCAAUGUAUUUGCUAAUUUAAAUGAAUGCUUUGUUUGUUAUAGGAACUUGACGAUAAUUUUAGUACUGCUCUUUUUGUAGUCAGUAAGGUAACUGCAUUUUCUGAUUUGUUUAAAUAUUAGUUUUCUAGGUAUUGGAGCCCUAUCUAAUUUUCCCCCUUCCCCGCUUUGCGUUUUUGUUGCUAUGCAUUAUUUUUUGGUUCCUAGCGGUUGUGCCAAAAAUUAAAAUUGUCUAAAACUUUUAUUUCAUCUUGCCCC